AUGCGACGUCAAUCAUUUCUUAGCAUCAUUCUUCUUUUCCUCCAAUUUGUGGGCGCAUUUGCUGCGCCCGCCGCAAUCCAAGAGCCACAAAAUCUCGAUACCACCGAAACUUUCCACCGGAAACAAUACCCAGCGACGGCAACGUUAGUGACAAGGACCGACGCGAAUGAUGUGUUCACGGCAACUACGAAAGACGUCGCAACGACGACAACUACCAACGAUGCCGUUUCAAAUACCAGGUCCCCUAUAGCGACGCCAACGACGACCGUCCCUUCAUUGGACACACCUAUGACAGGUGACUCUCAUCCCCAGCACGACAAUUCAAACAAAACAUACUCGGGAGGUCUUCCAAUCUACCCUCAAAUCAGUCCAGCGUUAGGGAUUGGGGGUAUCAUACUCCUCUUCCUCGGAGGGACUCUGGCCUUCAUUGGCGUACUCGAGAAAUGGAUUCAAAUAUUGCUCUCAGCUGGAUUCAUAACAGCCUUGGGUGUGACUGUCUUGAUUGAAUAUGUGAUGAACCCUCCCGUGAGUAACGCCAUUCAAGGCGGAUACCUGGUCGCCAUAUUCAUCACUGGAUUGACCUUCGGUGGACUGGCCCUUAUAUUCAAAGAAAUCACGGAAGGUUUCGGUUGCCUGCUCGGUGGAUUCUGCAUAAGCAUGUGGCUUCUAUCAUUGAAAUCCGGCGGUCUCCUCUCAAGCACCGGGCCGAAGGUUGGACUGAUUGCUGCGGUCGUCGUGGGCUUCUAUGCCUUAUCAUUCAGUCAUUACACCAGAGCAUACGGGCUAAUUGCGUGCACUGCCUUUUCUGGUGCCACGGCGAUUAUGCUUGGGAUUGACUGUUUCAGCAGAGCUGGAUUGAAAGAGUUCUGGUUGUAUAUCUGGGGCUUGAAUAAGGAGAUAUUUCCUCGACAUACCUAUACUUACCCCCUUACUCGCAGUAUCCGGGUCGAGCUGGCCGGGAUCGUCAUCAUCACUGCCAUGGGUGUGGUAUCCCAGCUGCGGUUGUGGCGAGUGAUCAAGGAGCGCCGCUCGAAAGAAAAUGAUACACGAAAACAACAAGAAAAAAAUAAAGAAGCGGCCGAAGAAGAAGUCGGUCGUCAAGUGGAAGAAAGCAAUUCCCGAGAACGAGCCGAGUGGGAGAAUAUGUUCGGGAACAGUGAUGAAGGGAAAGCGCCCUCGCUCUCCGAAACCGCCGUGGCUGAUUCGCGAAGAGACUCCAAUGGUUUGGGGUCCACAGGCCACGAAAAGGAUGCAGUCGAAAUGAAGGAUAUGGGCAGCACCGACGCAUUGAUGGAGCCCUCUUGUAGUGAGAAAACCCGGGAGACCGGUAAUGAUGCUCCUUCUGUGGGUGAGAGUUCACAGGCGUGGCAUGAUCAAAAACCAGAAGCAGGAGCAGCAGAACAUCUGCCAGCGCUUACGAUAAUUAUUACGGACGCUGGUUCAAACCAUGAUGACGAAAACAAUUCAGAAAAUGGCGCUAUUGCGGGAUCUGAGGGACACUCGAGACGCUUAUCAGGGAGGUCCCUUUUGCGUCGAUUUUCUCGUCAGAGCAGUAGUGGCGCCAAACGCUCCUCUCAGUCACAGUCAGAAGAAGCGCUUGUUGCAGCCGAAGAUUCUGAAUCGUCUAUGGCAGGCAUUGCGGAUGAUCAAGAGUCGAUUUCCGACUGUCCAACCAUCUCAUCCGAUAUUCUAAACGAGCCAGCUGGCGAAUGCCAACAGGAUCUUCCAAUGGAAUUGCCCGACAAUCCAGCCAGCAAUGAGAACCAAGCUAUUUCCCACCCCGAGCACAUUGAGGAGGAUAUCACUGUCCAAGCAAAGAGCCUGGAUGGAUGUUCGUCAGAGGAGACAAAAACCAUGAGUUCUGCGUUGCAGGAAAAAGAUGGCCUCAAGGACGAACCGACUCGAUUGGACAGAUCCAGCGUGCAAGGCAUUCCGGAGCAGACAUCCAAGGUGGUCCAUUCAUAUCGCACCACAGAAUGGGCAAAGAACCUAGAAGAGGCGGAUGUCCCGGACUUUGAGCACAUUCCGGUGGAUGAUGAAGUGAAGGAAAGCACGUCCGACAACGAAGAGGCCGCAGUGCCCGUCGACAUUGAGCAGCUAUUACAGACACCCUUUACUGCUCAGCCGCCACAGCCAAUGACAAGGUCCCUGUCUACGGACAUGAGCAAUCGUCGCUCAUAUGCCCUUUCACCAAAACCGGCACCCGGACUGCGUCGCACGACCUCCAGCAACAGCAUGUCCAGUGGCUCAGUAACCAACCUGCCCAAGUCCGUAACUCGUGCUUCAAUGGCCUGGAGGAACCAGUCGUCUGAGUCUCUUGGCAUGCGACAAGGUAACAGCAGGAUGGCACCGACACGCAGCAGGUCGACUCCAUACCUGACGGUUACUGCUCCCGGCGAUGGCAACGGCACGCCAGACUCAAAGAGAUUGAGCGGAACGCCUUCACUCCUGGCAGUGAGAGAGAGAAUGGUCCGCAACCGAAAAUCCAUGCUAUCGCUACGGCAGGACCACCGGAUGUCGCGGAGCGGGUCAUCGCGCACAUCACUCGCAGAGCCGUAUCCGCUUGUACCGCCCACUUUCUCGAUCCCCGAGGAGCGAGAGGAUGAAGAGGGUGAACAGCGCGGGAAGGAGCCAAAUGACGACGACGACGUGCCGCUCUCCAAACGCCGCGCCAUGCUCCAGCGGCAGUCCAUGCACUCGCCCUCGGCAGUCAGUCUCCAGAGCAUCGAUCGAUCUGGAUCUCCACGACCCCCGACUCCUGAUUCGGGUAGGUCAGUCAUGAUGGCGGCCUGGCGACAGUCGGUCCGCGAGGACCUCUUCCAGCGCCGUGAUCCAUUGGCAUUCUCUCCGCCGAUGGGCUCGGACAGGCCACGCAGUCUUUGGGGAUCGGUGCAACAGAUGCAGGAUGCCUCGGCUGCGCAGCUGGGCCAGAGCAUUGCAGAUGGAAUGCAGCGGGGCAGCAUGACCGACCUGCAUCGACAAGCCAUGCGGAGGAUGCAGGCGACGGCCCAUCAACACUUGUAG